ACACACACACACACACACACACCCCUCUGUCUCGUGCAUUGAUUUGUUUGUGGCCAGCCUUGACACAGCCCUGCCUUAAAGGAAUGGCAGUGCGCUCAUUCAGGGGACGUGCUCAGAGUGGUCAAAUCAUGCUAAUUGUUUUGGAGAGAGACCGAGUUUUACACCCAAGAUGAAGACAGAGAGAGAGGCGUUCUCCAGAGCAUUAGCUGUUCCUUCGCUUCUGCUCAUCUGGUGUCUGGUUGUCACUUUCCAAUCAGGGGAAGUUCAGGCAGUGAACAUCACCACUCUGGGCUCCCUCAUACGGGGCAUAACGGGAGGAGAGGCCCUGCUGUCAGUCCGCUAUGCCAGCGUCAGCCUAGACCCUCCUGUCAUCAAGUGGCAACUGAAGAAGGACAAGCCCAUCACGGUGGUGCAGUCCAUCGGCACGGAGAUCAUUGGCAACCUGCGGCCCGAGUACCGGGACCGCAUCCUGGUGUUUGAGAACGGCACCCUCCUCCUUCACAACCUGAGGCUGUCAGACGAGGGCACCUAUGAGGUGGAGAUCUCCAUCACAGACGACACUUUCACAGGGGAGGGAAGCAUCGACCUCACAGUGGACGAGCCUAUCUCCAGGCCUUAUGUACAGGUGGAAUCCUCCACAGUUCUUGAGUUGACAGAACACUUCACCCUCAACUGCAGCCAUGAUACAGGGACCAAAACUGUGUACAGCUGGUUCAAGGGGGAUAAACUACUUUUUUCCAAUGAGUCACGACUGGUGCUGUCACCUGACCAGAAGGUCUUGACCAUCGUCCGGGUUUUGAUGGUGGACGAUGACAUCUACAGCUGCCAUGUCGAGAACCCCAUUGGCACCAUGAAGAGCAUGCCAAUCAAACUCACAGUCUACAAAAGGAGUUCUCUCUACAUAAUUCUGUCCACAGGGGGGAUUUUUCUCCUCAUAACCCUUGUGACUGUGUGUGCCUGCUGGAAACCCACCAAAAAAUCUGAACGACAAAGAAAAAAUUUGAAGAAAAGAGCACAGAAUCUUCAGAAACAUCUGAUUGAUCAUGAUGAAGACAAGAUUGAAAAUGAGGUCAUUCCUAAAAUGACUGAUCAUGAGCGUAGGAACCAAGUCUCACUCUACAUCCUGAAAGAGAAGGAAUCUGUUACCAGUGAUCCAGGAUCUACAUGCACAGUUUGCAUCACCUCCAAUGGAAGCAACACCUCCAGCUAUAACGGCUCCGUGCCCCCGUCCUCACAUUCUCCGGAACCACCGGCUCGCUCCUCUCGCAGGUACCCCCGCACCCCGACCAACUCGCCCCCUGCACAACACCGCAAGAGGCAGGGACAGAGCCCCCCCGCCGUGCCCUCCCCUGCACGGAGCCGCAGCUCCAGCCGCUCCCAGAGGACCCCGAGGGGAUCACCUCUCGCAUCUCACCAGCCCAAGGACAAAGCUGAGCCUGCAUCAGAGCCCAACACCUCCACAACAACCUGA